ACAUCUUCGGCGAUGUGGAUCUUUGCGAAAGCUCGUUUUGACCUCUUCUUGUGAUUCAAGCGCACUGUGCCAGUAAGCAACAGCAGGUGAAAGGUUCUGCAUCCCGCUACCGCAAUGGCAACAUCUUAUUCCCCUGGCAAGAAUGGCUCCUUCGUAGGCAUCGAUGCCAAAUAUUGGACAUUGAUCGCGCUCGUUAUUCAGAAUGCUGCAACAGUGCUGCUUCUCCACCACUCCUGCACCAUGCCAACCGUCCGAGGGCAACGGUUUUAUGCGUCCACAGCAAUCCUCCUUGCUGAGAUUAUUAAACUGGCAUUCGCUGCCACAAUGGCGCUCUAUGAAAUAGCAACGAGCUUGCAGAGGUCAGAAACACCAACGAUCGGCGAGCUGGCGCGAGCGAUUUCAAGAGCAGUAUUCACCGGGGACAGCUGGAAAUUGGCAAUACCCGCUUCACUCUAUGUGGUCCAGAAUAGCCUUCAAUAUGUUGCUGCUAGCAAUCUUGAUCUCGUGGUCUUUGCGGUCACUUGUCAGCUUAAACUCGUAUCAACUGCUGUGUUCAAUGGCAUCCUAAAUGGGCGGGUUCACAGCCUCAAACAAUGGCUCAGCCUGGCCGCUGUGGGCGCAGGGGUGGGCGUUGUCGAUCUGUCAGCUUUAGCUCGUGCUGGAAAAUCAGGAUCUGGGAAGAGUGUCCAUGUUGCGAGGUCUGCCUAUUUUCCAGAAGAUACUUGGGGCCUCCGGGAUAUUGUAAGGGCAGCUGCGGACCAUCUCAGCAAACGUUCGGCAACUUACGAAGGUAUACACUCUGAUUUCGAAGCUGCUUAUCCUCAACCAGAUAUUGUUACCGGUCUGGCGGCUGCAUUGGCAGCUUGCCUGCUGUCUGGAGUAGCAAGCGUCUAUUUCGAGAAGUUGCUGAAGGUCAAGGGUGAGCACAGCAAAUCCAUCUGGAUUCGGAAUGUUCAGCUCACAUUCUAUGCCAUCUGGCCCGCACUUUUCCUCGGCGUCCUAUUCCUCGACGGCGAACACAUCGCAAAGACCGGCUUUUUCGCUGGUUAUGACUCUACUGUUUUGAUUUUAAUCUUGUUUCAGGCCGUUGGUGGAAUCCUCGUGGCUUCGAGCCUGGCUCAAGCAAGUGCAGGCCUGAAGUGCUUGGCCAUGCUGCCAUCGACACUUAUUGUCGUGCUCGCAGGUGUAUUUUUCCUCGACCUCAGUGUCACUCUCUUGGUAUUGUCAGCUCCUCGGGAGGAGCAUUGACCUACGGUUAUACCUCAACCAUGAUAGAUGCGCGACCGCCUUCCAUCAAUGUCACGCAUCACGAGAAAAGUGAUUUCAGGACUCAUUUAUAUGGUGUGGCAGGCGCAGCGUCAGGAACGUCUCCUCUUCUCGAUGUUGGCGACAAAGGCGUCUCCACAAGUAGGUCCAGUUCGCCGUUUAGCGAGAGGAGAAAACCUAGAUCCAAGAGUGUCGAGAGGCUCUUGAAGCGCGAGCAAUAAAAGCAGCGGCGGCCUUUGAUUGGAAAAGAAUUGAUGCAGUAUUACACUUCUGGUCAGA